AUGUCAUCAUUUGAACAACCCACCAAAAAGAUAAAACUUUCCAGUGAUCAUCAAGUUCUGGUUCACCUCUCAGAUCGUGCCUUCUCAUCGGAAGAGACAACAUUCCAACAUCUCAAGAAACAAUUAGGAGGUGAAAAGAUAGAAUCCUCUCUAAUUGAUUUAAAGAUAAUUCACCAAUUGGAAUGUAUUAGAAUUGAUUGUAGUAGUAUCCGUGCUACUUGUGUUGCUACAUGUCAAAAGAAGAAGGAAUUAUUUGUUGCAUGUACUGAUUGUAAAAUUCGAGUCUAUGAUGUAGAGAGUAGAGAAUUGAAGAGGACGAUCUCUACAUUUGAUUAUAUUCCAACUCGAAUGGUCGUAGGGGAUGAAGGUGAAUUUAUUGUUUUUGUUACUAAUAGUAGAAAACAAUGGGCCAUUAUUAGAUUGGGUUUGUUGGGUGAGGAAAAGAUUGAUUGGGAAGUAUGUAAAGAUAACUCGUCCAAGUGUGAAUUGAUUUAUAGAAAGGCAACUAGUGAAAUAUUUGUUGCCAAUUGGAAAGCCCAUAAGAUUUUGGUGUUGGAUGCAAUCAGUGGCUCUUUAAAGUAUGAAAUUGCAAAUGAAAAUACUAAAUCAGUUCAAAGUUUAUACUAUGAUGAAAAGACUGAAAGUCUUUACGCAUUUACUUCCCUUUCUUUGUAUACCUAUCAAGAAUAUAAUGGAAAUUAUAUGGGAAAAUGUCAUUUAUUGAGAUUAUAUGGAGAGAAUUAUGUGAAUUGUGAGGUUCUUAUUGAAUUUGAUGAGGAAGAAUAUAAGUUGAAUAAUAAGGGAUUUUCCGGUAUUAUUAUGGAUCUCUCAGCUCCUUAUUAUUUGCUUUCACAACAAUCUUUAGUUUAUUUGUUUGAUAGAAACUCAAAGAAGUUAGUCUCCAAGAUCAACACUGUCCAUGAAAACUCCCGAGAUGUUCUUCGUUAUUCGUACAAUCCUUCGAAUAAUGAGCUUUACAGAAUUGGAGGAGAUGAAUCAUUGGUUGAAAUUUUACAAUUAUGCAAAGUUGAAACCAACCAUAUUGAUAUACCGUUGAGUAGUAAUAAUUGCCAAUUAAUUGAAAAGUUGGGUGGUGUCUUGCCGAAACAAAUUGUGAAAUACAGAUACAAUAAUGAAUACAUACUGUCAGAUGCACUUGCAUAUUUCAUGAACAUACAAUUCCCUAAAAAUGUAAUGUUCAGAUUUAAUGUUAGUACCCCAAGUGAAACAGAGAACACAGAGGGAGAUGAAAACCAUGAAAUGGAAGAUGAUGAAGAGGAAUCCUCAAAAAGUCAAGUAAAAGAUGAGGAUGAUGAAGAGGAAGAAGAGGAAGAUUAUUUGGUACCUUUUCCAUUUAAAUAUUCAAACACAAAAGAUAGGUCAAAUGAGAUUCCUCCUGAGGCUAGUAAUUGGUUGAAAGAAAAUCCUGAUGGAAUAAUUAUUGGAGGAGACUUUAAUACAGAUAGAUUGGGAGAGGCUAUCCAAUUCGCAUAUGCUGUAAAAAUAACAGAAACUGACAAUGAUGACUUUCCAAUAUAUAUUCUCUUUGAGGAUGGACCAGAACGGUACAAACUCUCUAAAUUUCUUUCAAAUUUGAAAGCUGUUUCUUCCUUUGAUUUGACAUCGUAUUUCCUACCAAAGAAGGCCAAAUAUGAAAUUGAUUUUUCAAAAAUUUAUAAUGAGCUAAUCAACACAAAAGUCAUUAAUCCAGAAACAAAACAAAUAGAUCCUGUCAUUCUACUUGAUGCUUACAGAAACCUUACUUCUGUUAAUGAUGACAAACAUCAUCAAAUUUUCACAAUUUGCUCCAUAAUCUUCAACGACGAAACCAUUACUUUUGAUAAUGUCAAAUUUAGAAAAAAUGAUUUGCUUGCUUUAAUGCUAUUUUACGAUAUUGAUGCUAUGGAAGAAAGCGAUAAUCAUCAACUGCUUAGGGCUAAUUUUGAAGAUCAAGAGUACGAAGAUGUGUUUUGCUAGAUGUAAAAUUCAAUUCCCACGAAUACAAUUUUAUUAUUGAAA